UCACUUUUCAAUUGGCUUUGUGACUGACAACAUUUUAAUAUUUUUACAAAUUUUUUAUAUUUUUUUAAAUAUGUCUGGAGACAGUUUGCAGUCCACAAAAGUUUCGAAGAAGCGCCAAACUAAAUCUAUGAAAUUUAAGGCUAGGCCAGCAGCUCAGCCGCGUACAGAAAGAAGUGAACCCGCAGUCGAAGAUGUUGAGGAUUUGCUGUCCACAAAAGUUUCGAAGAAGUGCAAAACUAAAUUUAUGAAUUUUAACGAAAGCAUGGCCAUGCCCAAAUUUAAGGCUAUGCCAGCAGCUCAGCCGCGCACAGAAAGAAGUGAACCCGCAGUCGAAGAUGUGGAGGAUUUGCUUUGCAAUUUGGAAAAGUUAUUGCCACGCAAGUCAAAGCUGCAAGCCAAGAACCAACAGCUAAAAGCUGCUUUAACAACAGAAAAAAAAGAAAAUAAUUUAGACUUUAAACAAAGACAGUCUGCUACGCUGGAAAAAUCACAAAAUAAUUUAGACUUCAGUCAAAAACAGUCUGAGCAGCCAAUUAAUGCGCUGGAAAUAUCAAAUAAUAAUAUAAAAUAUGCUCCAGCACUGCCUAGGCAGCCAACUAAUUCCUAUUUUAGAAUGAAUAUACAAAAGUUGCUUAACUAUCGGCAUGCAUUGUUGGAAGCACAAAAGGCGCAGCAGCAACAUCAAUGGGAACAGCAGCAACCACCAGAGAAGUUUGAACAAAAAAAAGUCAAAGCUGUAAGCAUAGAUCAAAUUUUGCGUCUGCUGCUGAGCUUUUGUCUAGUCUUUACUAUAGUUUAUACGCUUACACAUUGCCAAGAUAAUUUGUUUUAAGCCAACACACACAAAAGAGAGCGCCACAGACAGCAAAUCGAUUGAUGAAAAGACCGGAAAAUAUAUUGAGGAAAUGCCGCUUAUGUAAAGUAGAAUAUCCGCUGCGAUAGAGAGAGAGAGAGAGAGAGAGCGCGCGAGCAAAGGUGCGAAAACAAUAAAACGCAACGGAAGUGGAAGUUGGAAAUGGAAGUGACGAUUACGAUUACAAUGACGAUUACUAACUGAAUCAUUCAUCAAUGCUUUUGCUCGCUAUUGCCAAUUUGUAACUUGAACUCUGUGCUGCAGCGCUUUUCCGGUCUCGCUGUCUCUCGCUCUCUCUGUCUGGCCAGCACUGCUCCAAAUUGAUAGGAAAUGACUUAACUAAAAAGCAUUGCCCCCGUCAAUUCGAUUGCUCAAGUGUUUGAGAAUUUCUUGUUAAUUAAGUUCUGCCAGCUAAACGAGUCACGCGAAAGAAUUGCCCAAAACGGAACGCUAAACGAAAGACAAACAAGUAAAGCGCAUAAGGGGUUAAAGCAUGGAGGCAGCACAGAAUUUGGGAAGCGGACUAUUGUGCAAUUGAAACUCGUAUGCGCCUAACAGAUGCUGCAGACAAAACAACUUUUCAAUUUUGAAAGGUAUAUCGAUGCUAUCGAUAGCCAUAUAAAUUUUAAAUAAAUUUGUUAGUCUAGUGCAUGCUCAAGCAAUGUUAAUUUAA